AUGACACCCGAGCCCUCUGGCCAAAGCGAGAGUCGUCGCACUCACAGAAAGUCAAAGACAGGCUGCGAUACGUGCAAGAAAAGGCGUGUCAAGUGUGAUGAGGCUCGUCCAAGGUGCGCCAAGUGUACCUUUGGGAACCGAACCUGCUCUUAUGCAGCUGCGCCAGGCCAAGGGCCUGACCAAGCCCGACUGAAUACGACCGUCGCAGGCAGUGUUAGCAACAGCCCAGCGGGAACUCCCUCAUCUACUGCAUUGCUUGCUGCGGCAGCUGAAGCGAGGUCACCCGCGGCAGCUCCAGGUCGCUAUGACGCCGUCCACAUGAGUCUAUUCUACUAUGCCAUUGUAAAUACGACUAGCUUUAUGGGAUUAGGUGGUGACUCGAGCCUGGUGGUGGAGAGUGCUCUGAAUAGCACGCGCGUGGCCCCCUACCUCCUCGAUCAAUUGCUUGCUCUUAGUGCUUUAUACCAAUCUACUACAGCGCAGGCAAGCCAGGAUCUCUACCUCCGGUAUGCCACCGAACUGCAGACGCGGGCCUUGGCCCAGUUCCUCGAAACCCGUGGGAAUAUCAGCGAGACAAACUUCAUACCCGCCUUCCUUUUCACCUCCUUCCUCGGGUUCCACGUCCUAUACAAUACUUUAAGAGACCAUCAGGAUAAUCUCGGCGAGUUUGUUAGCGCGUUUGUAGAUUACGCGCGAGUUCACCGGGGGAUCCGCGCCGUGACAGCCGACUAUUGGCCCCAGAUUCUUGCCUCGAAUUUGGCUCCCCUUCUAGGCAUCGUGGAGAUUGGCAACAGAAUUGACCACCUGGAAGCCGGGAUUGAGACUAUUGAGCUGCGUAAACAGUUAGAAGCACUGUUAGAUUCCUCAAGAAUACCGGUUCCUGCGUCCAUUGACGCUCUACAGCGGAUGCAAUGGGUGCUUGAUCUUGCAAACCAGAAUGCCCAAAGCUCCAGCAUCAAAAUCCAGGCCGCCCUAGCCUGGCCGGUUAUUAUUUCAGAUGAUUAUAUUGAUGCGUUAUAUCUACGCCAUCCUGAGGCUCUGGCAGUCUUGGCUUUCUUCCUUGCCUUUGUGUACGAAAAUCGAUCGUAUUGGGUCUUCCAACCUUGUUCAGGGUCACUUAUCGAAGCACUAGCCAGCCAUCUUGGACCGUUUUGGAAGGAAGGUUUGAGUUGGCCGCUGUCAAAACUCGUUGGUUCUUGA